UGGAUCGCAAGAUAUUACCAGGACACAAUGGCUAUCUUCCACAUCGUAUCCUUCAAGACCUCCAACCCGGAAGCCUCUCUCGGGCUUCUCACCGAGAAAUUGCGGUUGCUGCAAGGAUCUUGCGUCAACCCGGAUACCAAAAAGCCCUUCAUCCUUGACUUGAAAGGUGGGAAUGUCUUGGAAACGGAGGGUCGAAACAAGGGCAUGGAAGUCGUUUUCAUUAUGGAAUUCGAGAACAAGAACGAUCUUGACUACUAUCUGUACAAGGACCCCGCUCACGAGGAGUUCAAGAAGAGUGCCCUAGGAGAGUGGGGCGUCGUCGACGUUGUCGCGAUGGACUUUGAGGAUGGGAAGCAUUGAAAUGGGUGCAGCUAUGAAUUUGAGGAUGGGAAGCAUUGAAAUGCGUGCAGCUACGAUUAU